AUGCCUCAAAAUUCGACGCAGCAGAGGCUGCGUAUACCAAACAUUUUGCGUCUUAACCUUGAAUUUCCAUUUUCAUUAAUCGUGGAAGCUUCAAGUUUUUAUUUGACAUCACUAGUUUCUGGCGCCUCAAAUGUUCAAACUUUAACACAUCCAGGGUCUUGUAAAAGUCUUGUCAUUGGGGAUAAAGAGCACAUUGGAGUUUUACCAUGGAGGAAUAUAGAAAGGAGAAACCUUGCAGAGGGAAGCGAAGGAGACAACUCGUCUUUGAUUUUGGCUGAAAAGAGGACUAAUAGGAUAGACCCUCUAAUGAUUUUAAGAAGUAUACAGGUGGCUGGAAUAUCAGCAAUGAACACUAUUGGGCUUGGCGGGUGUGUUGUGCUGUACACUGGUCAGGGAAAAUUUCAUGGCAGUACAAUAAACACACUGGAUUAUGCUGUUAAUAAGGCAGAUGCUACUGCUGAAAACCUCAGGAAUGUGUCAGAUUAUCUUUCUGCAGCUAAGAAAAUUACCGUGAAUUCAGUUUUUCUGUCCCCAGAUGUCCAAAAAAGCAUCGAUGAUGUUGUAAAGAAGAUCAACUCUUCUGCUUCGACUCUUUCUACUCAAACAGGCAAUAAUAAAGAUAAAAUUCAACAUGGCUUGGACGGCAUGUAGGUUGAAGUUUUUAUAAUCUUGAAAUUAUAAUAAUCUUUGAGUGCCGAUCAUCAAACUGAUCUCAGGCUAAAUGCUGCAGG